AUGGACCUAGGUGAAGAAGUUGCAAGGCGCAUUGGUAGAUUUGACUUGUUUCUGUUUAUUAAUUGCUAUUGCUUCCUGUUGACUCCACAGAAGGCAGAAGGAGAAGGAGUAGCACUGAUUUUAAGUUUCGAAGAGCUCAUGAUACAAAUAUUAGAAAGUUCAAAUACUAGACUGGAUAGCACAAUUCAAGGUUUCUCUAGUUAUAUACCUCUAAAGGAACGAAAUAUGACUACAGCAAUAGAAAUAUUCUCAAAAAAUUUUAUACAAUCAAAGUCUGCGUCUAAUGUUAAUGUCGACUGCAAAUUUCUUGUCUGUCGCGGAGCUCUUG